AUGGAGACGGCGGAGCUGCGCUGCACCGUGGCCGUGGAGCAGCCGCUGCCGGGGGCACAGGCCUUGCGGCGCCGCGUGAUGCGGGGCGCGCUGGUGCUGCUGGGCCGCAACGAGCUGCGCCAGCCCGUGCUGCGCGUGGUCGGCGGCGGGGCGGCGGCGCCGACCCUGAACUUUGUGCUGGCCGGUGACGCCGUGCGGGUCUUCAAGCGAUUCGCGGGCGAAGGGCGGGCGGCGGUGCGGCUGACGCCGGGCGGUACCCAGGUCUUGCUUUCCGACUGUCCCCCGGACGCGCUGCGCCGCUUCCUCCGCCUGCUGCGGCUCAAGGUCGCCGCCGGGCCCCGGGGCGCGCCGCGUGAAGUCCGCCUGCUGGACCGGCGUCCGGCGGCCUUCGCCGUCAUCAGCCCGCUGCAGGAGCGAGACCUGCCGUGUGACCCCCGCCGUCCCCGCGGCGGCGAGGCGCGGGGGGAGCGCCCGGCGGAGGUGCCCCGCGCGGAGAGGCGGCCGUCGGCGAGGCUGUCUGCGGAGCAGGAGGCGGUGCUGGGCGCCGUGCGGAGCGGGAAGAGUGUCUUCUUCACUGGCUGUGCGGGUGAGUCCCUCUAUUAAGGGACUGGGAAGUCGUUCCUGCUGAAGAAGAUUGUGGGCUCGCUCCCUCCCAAGAGCACCUAUGCAACAGCCAGCACUGGAGUGGCUGCUUGCCACAUUGGUGGCACCACUCUUCAUGCCUUUGCAGGGAUCGGCUCUGGGAAGGCACCGCUGGAACAGUGUAUUCAGCUGGCAGAGAGGCCUGGCGUGCGGCAGCAUUGGCUGGCCUGCCAGCACUUGAUUAUUGAUGAGAUCUCCAUGGUGGAUGGCAAAUUCUUUGACAAGCUGGAGGCAGUGUCAAGGGCAGUCAGAAAACGGGAUGAGCCUUUUGGAGGAAUUCAACUAAUCAUCUGUGGGGACUUCUUGCAGCUACCCCCAGUUUGCAAGGCUAACGAAGAAACCAAAUUCUGCUUCCAGGCAAAAAGCUGGAGGAAAUGCAUCCACAUAAACAUGGAGCUGACUGAAGUGCGCAGACAGACUGACCAGACCUUUAUCUCACUUCUGAGUGCCAUCCGUUUAGGAAGGUGCCCAGAGGAAGUCACCAGACAGCUGCUGCAGACUGCUACUAACAGGUCUGAGCGUGACGGGAUCUUGGCUACACGGCUCUGCACCCAUAAAGAUGAUGUAGAAAUAACUAAUGAAAGACGCUUGCAAGAGCUAUCAGGAGAAGUUCACGCUUUUGACGCUUUGGACAGUGACCCAAUGUUAGUGAAGUUAAUUGAUGCUCAGUGUCCUGUUGGUGGUAGAGUUGAGCUAAAGCUUGGAGCUCAGGUGAUGCUAGCUAAGAAUCUAGAUGUGUCUCAAGGGCUGGUGAAUGGGGCUCGAGGAGUUGUUGUAGGAUUUGAAAGUGAACAGAAGGGGUUACCUAAAGUGAGAUUUCUCUGCGGAGUCACACAGGUCAUCAAAAUGGAGAAAUGGGUCUUCAAAGGACUGUCAGGAGUUCAUCUGAGUCGUCAACAGCUGCCUUUAAAACUAGCAUGGGCCAUUUCCAUUCACAAGAGUCAAGGCAUGUCUUUAGAUUGUGUGGAAAUCUCCCUGUCUCGAGUCUUUGAAAGUGGGCAGGCUUAUGUAGCCCUUUCCCGAGCCCAUAGCCUUGCAGGUCUCCGUGUUCUGGAUUUUGAUCCGAAAGUAGUGAGAGCUGAUCCUUCUGUGUUGCAGUUCUACAGACACCUGAGACGUCAUCAACUUCUAACCCAGGAUUCACUGCACACCCAUUCAGGUUCUGACGAGAAAGAGAAUUGGAAAUGA